AUGGACCCAGCCGAUGCCCUCUCCAAUGCCUCUGGUAAUGGCAGCAGUGGCAGCAGUGCUCCACACUCACCUGCAGCCAUGGGACUCAUCCUGCUGGCCGCCCUGGCUGUCCUGCUGGCCACUGUGCUGGGCAACACGCUGGUGGUGGUGGCCAUCUCCACCAGCCAUGCCUUGCGGGCCCCACAGAACCUGUUCCUGCUGUCCCUGGCCUCGGCAGACAUCCUGGUGGCCGUCCUCAUCCUGCCCUUCUCACUGGCCAACGAGCUGAUGGGCUACUGGUAUUUUGGUGGCCUGUGGUGCAGCCUGUACCUGGCGCUGGACGUGCUGCUCUGCACCUCCUCCAUUGGGCACCUCUGCGCCAUCAGCCUUGACCGCUACUGGGCCGUGACCCGCGCAGCCCGGUUGAACCUGCGCCGCAGCCCUGGGCGCGUGAAGGGGAUGAUCGGGGCGGUUUGGGCUGUGGCAGCCCUGGUGGCACUGCCACCGCUGCUGUGGGCCCGGCAGGGUGGCCGCCAGUGCCAGCUGACCCAGGAGACAUGGUACGUGCUGGCCUCCUGCACCGCAUCCUUCUUCGGCCCCUGCCUCGUCAUGGUCACCGUGUACUGCCGCAUCUAUCGCCUGACCAGGCGCCGGGCUGCAGCCCUCCUCUCUGCGCGCUCCCUGCGCCUUGCUGCUGCCAGCAAGAAGGGGCCAGGGAUCAGGAUGCUGGGCUGGCGGCACCAGAGCCAGCACCAGAGCGUGUUGCUGUGCCGCCGGCGGCUGAUGCGGGUGCAGGAGCGGCGCUUCACCGUGGUGCUGGCUGUGGUGAUGGGCACCUUUGUGCUGUGCUGGUUCCCCUUCUUCUUCACCUACAGCCUGGGGGCUGUCUGUGGGGAUGGCUGCCACAUCUCCAAGCCCCUCUUCAGCUUCUUCUUCUGGAUCGGGUACUGCAACAGCAGCCUCAACCCCCUCAUCUACACCCUCUUCAACCGGGACUUCCGAGCUGCCUUCCGACGGCUUCUCGCCAUCCCCCGCUGGCACUGCCCCUAG